GUGUUUAACUGGAGGUAGCUUUGAAUGCUGAUCGUCACAAAUACGCCGCCUUGCAGAUGCAGGUGCACGCAGUGGCUAGCUAGAAUAGGCAAAAAGAAGUCCAUGAAUGAUUCUCAAACUUUCCUUUUUCUGGAUUUUCAGCGAAGGUCGAGAAGGGCCAGAAGGGCCGAGGCCUCUCCGCUCGAAUUAGGGGAAGUCGUGAUCUGCCGUCGGAUUUGAGAGGAGGGGUCUCCAGCAUCAUCCCAUCGACUCCCCUCAUUUUUUGCCAUUUUCCGCCCGACUGGCCACCAACAUAUCCUCUUUGCCCUCCUAGAGAGAGUAGUUCAGGACUGGAAGCCUCAUCUCGUGGGAUAGUAGCAUGGACGCGCGCGGCGAUGAAGAGAUAGAGUCGUCUGUCCACACUUCGCCUCUUUUUGCUAAUCCGUUUGGCAUCCCUGGCGCCAGCUAUGGACAGUACAGCAACGAAUACUACUCCGCCGCCAUCUCUCCUACCUCUACUACUGGUCUCCUUGGCCCCGCGGCCGCAGCAUCUACUCCGUUCUACGACAACACCGAGACACAAAGCAGCAGGGAAUGGGACACCCCCUGGGCUCCGGAGCUCGAGGGAGCCGCACCCCAUCAGCAAGCCUCGUCAUCAUAUUCCAUCUCAAAUACCUAUCAUAUUCCCUCUGGCUAUGUCCCGGCCAACUAUAAAGGUCUGCACGAUCUGCCCGUCGGUUCCGUAGGUUCUGCCCGGAACCACUCGGCUGUAUCUCCUAUCGAUAGAGAGGUGCCUUGGGAUCCAAUUCCAGGCAAGGGAGGCUCCGUUUCCUCGGCCACAACAGACCACGACCCCUCCGAAAGUGUGGCAGCACCGAGGAGUAACCUAGAAAACUCGGCGAUUGAAGAACAAGACUGCUCUGGACGCAGGCCACAACCUGCUUCGAGCAGUCCCACAAGGACUCGGCGCCGGAAGGAGCCGAAGAGGAAAGGGGAACCCAAGAGCCAGCAGAGCCGGGCGGCCAAGAGAGAGCAGCUUCUCGAGUCCAACCGUCAGGCUUCAAAAAAAUGUCGCCGAAACCAUAAGACCCAGGAAGAGGUGCUCGAGGCUCGGGGAACUGCACUCACGAAUGCCAACAGAAAACUCGUCAACGAGGCUUCAGGACUGAAGCAACAACUGCUUGCUCUGAAGUUCGAAAUGCUCGCCCACGGAGAAUUUUGUGACCAUUAUAUGGUCAAGGAGUAUAUCGCCAACGCUGCACUUGAAGUCAACUAGAGUUGCUCAGUCCGUCGACUCCAAGUCUAUCUCCUC